UCGUGCGUACUGUCGUGUUUUGCAUGUUGGUAGCCGCGUUUGGCGUGAUGAGCUGCUUGCGCGAGCUUGGAUUACUGAACCGCUUUGAUGAGUAGAGGACUUCACACGCGGACAUUACCAAACAAACCUAAUUAUACCUCGUUUCUUGCUUGUAUGGGCAGCAUGGAGACCUAACUGAAGUCCACAGCCGCCGAUCCGUGUUCUUCGAAAGCUUGAUAUGCUCAGGUGUUCACUGUGGCUGCUGGCAAACUUAUUCAGCAAGUCCCUUCCUCAAUCGUUCGAUGCUUGUACGAUGUCGGGGACAACAGACACGUGCGCUACGUCUCUCCCUGAAAGGUUUGAAAAAGUGGAAGGUUCGACGGGCAAGUUUAAUGACGUGGUGCUGAACUACUCGGUGAAGAUGGGAGACGCUAAAAAGGUCGUCGUUUUCUUCGGUGGUGACAUACAGGACUUUCCAGAAGCAAUGAUGAAGCAUCGUGAUAACAGGCUAUACGUGCAGUGGAACCUCGAAAACAUGGCCACACUGAUGGGAAAGCACUUCCCCAACGCUCACUGCAUCAUCAUUAGGCCAAACAGGCUUCAGUACCUCACAUUCAGCUGUUAUGACAACUUUGUUGAGAGCAACGACAUGGGGGCACCGACUCACGAAUUCAGCAUUUCUGCAUUGGAGCACAUGCACGCUCUUCUCAGCACGUUGUCUACGAGGCUGAACGACAAAACGGAUAAGGCAAAGUAUGGUCCUGUUGCCACGACAUUGCUGGAACAUCCAGUGACGCUUAUUGGAUUCAGCAAAGGCUGUGUUGUCCUCAACCAAUUCCUAUAUGCUAUGAAGGCACUGGAGGUCGCCCCUGAUGACGAUGUCGGUCAGCUCGUCCGCAGAAUAAAAGCAAUGUACUGGUUAGAUGGUGGUCACUCGGGCGGAUCUAAUACAUGGGUAACCAAGGAGGCGGCCAUGAAACCUUUGAAACAUUUGGACAUCAAGGUCUACAUCCAUGUGACACCAUACCAAGUGCUGUGUAGCUCAAGGCCCUGGAUAGGCAAAGAAGAGAAAGUGUUUAGAGAGACUCUGAAGAAAUUGGGGGUUGACGUGACACGGAAGAUCUAUCAUGAAGACGAGCCAUCUUCUCUGGAAAUGCACUUUGCUGUACUUGAGGAGUUCAAGGAGGUCGCGUGACUGUGGGACUUCUGCAGCUUGUUUGUGCUAGCACGGACUUCAAGACACGAGAAUGCUAUGUGUUUGCUGGUUUGUUUCAUCAGUGCACAACAUUUUGUGAGACUCCUGCAUUCAUAAGUUAAUGUGACUGGUUCUGUGAAUGUCAUCGAUCGCACAGUUAAUGUGACUGGUUCUGUGAAUGUCAUCGAUCGCACUAAGGCUUGUGUAUUAGAGGCCCAUGUAAGCAGAUAAUUUAUUGAGGCCCCACUACUUCACUUGUGUCAUGUCCACGUGGUGAGCCUGAAUGAACUCGGGCUGCAAGGUAAAGCUGUUUUGUGUGGAUGAACCCGGUGUUCUAGUGACCUCAGAAACCUACUGAAUGGUUAUAUGUUAUUAGUGGUUGUGGAACUUGUAUGUGGAGCAAGAGUGUAUACGAUUGUAGUGCCUUGCUGCAAUUAUAAAGACAAACUUGUUGCGAAUCGGGGAGAUGUCAGUGAUCAAGAUGAAUCAACCUGGUGCAUGUUGUUGGAGGCCACUGUUCAUUCAGUGCACAUGUCUAGUAAUGUUACUAAUACUGCUGCUGCUGCAACUGAGUCUACAUCAGUGACAUUGAUCUGUGUAAGUGCAUGACCAAAUGCACUUUGUAGGCAGCAGCUAUAUUUUAACCUUAUAGUGCAACUGGCUUCUAGGGCGAGUACUAAAAUGAGUACAUGCAUAUUGCAACACACACCACUUUUCGACGUUCUAAGUGCUUUGCACUAUAGUUUCCAAGAAAAUGGUGGGAAGAAAGAAGGUGCAGUAAUGCAGGGAAGCUGUCUGUUAAGUAUUGUGUAAAAUGUUGCAUUUGUAUUAAGUGCUAUAUUUUUUGAUGUCUUUCAUAGUAGUACGCAUCACUUGACAGUGCUAUUAUGGCUUUAUGUGCAACAGAUUUUCAGAACUGUUCGAAUGUACUGGAAAGGAGUCGAACAUACAGAUGGCAGUAUGUUAAACAAUGCUGGGACAGUUAGACUUCAUAGUUCAUUACAUUAGCUGUUCAUUAUGCUAUAUCUUUCAGCAUUCAACCCGGUAAAAGAAAAUAUCAAGUGAAAUAAGCAAAAGCAACAACUCCACUGUGCAUGCAUUUGACUUUUUCACUAGUGUAUGUGGCUGUUGUACUGAUACAGUUCAGAAACGUAACAUAAACAUAUUGAAGUUCGUCUUCCUGAUGACUCUAAUGCACUGGUGAAAGAGAGAGAAAACUUUUUAUUUAAACGAUUCAAAUAAAUAUUGUGAGGGGGUUCUUAACCCAACAGGCACUGCCGUUUCUCUUGUCCAACAAGUAAAGACAGUGGUUUAGCACUAGUCUCCUAUGAAUUCAUCCACAAAAGCUUUGGACAUGCACAUCACAACUUGAAUUGUUUGGCAGCUGCAGCUACGUGAUGGUUUUAUGGGCAAAUUAAUACGUUGACUGCCAAGAGUUCGGUGCAGUACUCCUUAGCAGUAUGUAGGAAUGAAAAUUUGAACUUAUGCAUGUUUCCAAAACGCCUAUACUUUUGAAGAAUGGCCUCAUACAGCUUAAGACAUUGCUCGCUGCAGCUCCUGGACUGACAGUACUAAUACUGUGCAACAACGCCAAUAGUCUGCAGCCGAAUUCCUAAUGUUAACCUGACAGCUGUUGUGCUCCAGGAACACCAAUACCUUUUGUGGUGCACUAACUAUCUAAAUGAGUAUGUCAUUCUCACGGACUUGCUGUGAGUCAUUCCCUGGGAUUGAGGUAUUGCUAAACAUUGGCAAUUCAUAAAAUUGGCACAGAAGUAACUGUUCAAACGAUUUUGAUGCACCAUAUCAUCAAAUAACAGUUUUCAAACCACAUGAGUGCGCACUUAGUGGAAUAUGUGCUCCUCUAAAUAUUACUGGUUUCUUUUUCUUAGCCGCAGAGUUCUCUAACGUAAGUUCGCAGCUGGCAUGUGUUGUGUUGAUGUUUGUGCCAUUUUCGCUUGAGACGCUGUGUAACAUUUUAUAUAAUUUUUUGCCACUGCUAUCAUUAAUAUGUUCUAAAAUUUUAUUGCAUUAGGCUCUCAUGCACGUGUCUGUGCAAGAAAGAGCCACUACCUUUGUCAAUGGCGGCCCCAAAUGCUGACCUUGAGCUAUAGUGUGUUGUAGAUUAUGUAGGUGUUUUAUAGGUUAUAUAAAAAAAAGAAAUUUAGAUUCGCCCAUGGCCAUCGCUGUGCCUCCCAAAGAAAAUUUUUAUAAAUGCUCCAUCCAAUCGUGAUUGCUUAUUUUUGUGACGUUAAGCAGUUGAGAAGUCAUCGCGGCGUUGCUAAGGAGAGAAACUUGGGGAGGCGCAAAUUCACGCUGUGAUGGACCGCUGUUUUCUACUCGAACAUGUCAAUCGCUGCUAAUGGACAGUGAGAGACAAUACUCCAAUUGGACGCAGAGACUCGCAGUGUGCUUUUAGUUAACGCGCAGGCUGCAAAUUCUUAUUGUUCAACAACGCUCAGGCGAAA